AUGGAUAACCGCGGCUCCUUCUUCUUUUUCCUGCUGGUUUUCUACCUCCUUCUUAGCUCUCAGUCGCGCCCGCCGCUACUUGAUGAAGAUCGGCAACAUCAGCGCGAGCUUGACCGUGAGCGACAUGCGCUUCGGCUGAUGAAUGGGUCGAAAUAUGGCGACUUCGACCCACCUGCCAAUAAAUGGCUACCUUUUUCAGGGUUAAGAGGGAAUGACAGCUAUGCUUGGAAUCUUCUCCCGCAGGUCCAAACCCGCGCUCGCCACCAGUUGCAAUCAGCUGUGUCAAAUGCUGGACUAGAACCUCCAAAUGGUCUAAAAGACCCCACGGUAUCACCCACCUUGAACUUGACAAAGCUUGUGCUUCCAGUAUAUCGCAACGCAACAGGGAAGCUUCGUGGCGAUUGGGUUCGACAGAGCGAUGGUGCGGAUCGGCGCGAGCCCCUCAAUACAACUGCUAUCGCCGAGGAGCACGAAUAUUUCACUCAUGAAUUCAGCCACAAUAUUACUGGCAAUGGAGGUACCUUCUACUUUGAUCUGGAAGGAGGAUCCGGCGAAGAACUUCAGAUGGGUAAUGGACUUGUGAGGGAAAUGCGAGCAAGCUUAACGGUUGAGAGUGAGGACUUCUGGGGAAGCACCUGGUACCUUCCUUUGCUGGGUGUGCACUUCCCGGAGACUGGAAGCAUCGUUCUAAGUACAUCGAGCGAGAAGUAUGGUGGAAUUUUCGCGCUGCCCCACCUGAUGCUUUCUUCCGAUACUUAUGAACUAUCCCAUCAGCUUCUUGUGCAGUCGCUGUCAGAUGCCAUCUCGGAAAAACAGAAUCGACCUUCAACCCUACUCCCUUGGUCCUCUUUGGCAGGCACAUCACAGGUCGAAUUUCCCUCCCCAAACUGUGAACAUAUAGUCUACCUCCAACAGCAUCCUGUCAUGGUGGGAGAUGCCCCAGCUGACAGGUUACUUUUGGAGCGUAUGGAGCAAGAACUCAGAUAUCCGACGGGAGCACCGAUCCCUAGUCCUCCUCUUAUGGUGAUGUCUGCCGUUGUCUUCUCCCCAGACUGCGGGUAUAUACUUGAGACGAAGGGGACUCCUGAUUUCCCGCCUUCUGAUUCGCUAUACUUGACUGGACCGAAGCAAGAAGAAUACGGAAAAUAUGCAUCGCGUCUCAUUUUGGUCGUUUCCGGUGUGUUUGUCGCACAGAUCAUGCUGCUUUUGCGCCAAAUCAAGGAGGCUUCCACUCCUUCGACACGGAGCCGAAUCAGCUUCUAUACUAUCGCAUUAAUGGCGCUCGGCGAUGCAUUUGUUUUAGCUUUCAUGGUUAUGGAACUUUAUGCUUCAGUUUCCUUUUUGGUCUUGACCACUGCAUCAUUCUUGGCAUUCCUUUCAGUGAGCUACAUUGGAAUGAAGUUCAUGAUGGAUAUUUGGGCAGUGCAGGAACCGGAGAGACGAGAGGAAGAUCGUCCCUCCAACCCCCCAGCUCCAACUACGCGCCCAGGAACUUUACCCUUGCCUGUCACUGCCCCAACAGUGCAAGACUCGGGGGCCACCCCAAUCAUUUUGCCACCCGACCAGGAUGCUCCCGCUGAUGAGUUGGAUUCGCCGCCGCUGCUAGCCACACGGACUACACCUCCAACUCCAAGACAAAUACGCAGCGAUGUGGGCGCAAUGUACGCGCGCUUCUAUCUUGCAUUGUUUGGGUUGUUCUUUCUCUCGGUUUGGGCUUCUCUCUUACCGAGACGUCUCGGCUCGAUAUACACACGUUUCUUGGCAUCAAUCUAUCUAUCCUUCUGGGUGCCCCAGAUCUACCGCAACGUGAUACGAAACUGCCGCAAAGCUCUUCGAUGGGACUUCGUUGUCGGCCAGAGCGUUCUCCGACUUUUCCCGUUCCUCUACUUCCUCACAGCUCGCGGAAAUGUACUUUUCAUCCGACCAGAUUACACAACUGCAUUUGUCAUGACUGGAUGGGUAUGGCUUCAAGCCUGGAUGUUAGCCAGCCAGGACAUUCUUGGCCCGCGCUUUUUCGUGCCCCGUGGUUGGGCACCUCCUGCAUAUGAUUAUCAUCCCACAUUACGAGACUUAUCCGGAACGGACGAGGAUCUCGAGGCUGGCGGCGGCGAUCUGUCGAUUGCAUCCCUGCGGGCCGAUGAGCGAGAUCUGGUCAGUGACGCUAAGGACGAUGACAAGGAACGAAAAGACCGCAAGAAGGCCAUGUUUGACUGUGUCAUCUGCAUGCAAGAUAUUGAGGUGCCUGUCCUCCCCGCACCUUCCGCCUCUGGUGGAAGUAGCGUAACCGACGGGGCAUCUAGCAUAUUGAGUCGCCGGUUGUACAUGGUUACACCUUGCCAUCAUAUAUUCCACACUGCCUGUUUGGAAAGCUGGAUGAGACUUCGACUCCAGUGUCCGAUAUGCCGUGAAUCCAUUCCCCCUGUAUAG